AUGUCUAAAACAUUGGCUACUCAAUUGGAUACUCCUCAACCAUUCCCACAAAUCGCUGAUAACGUACUAGACCUAUUCAGUCUAAAGGGCAAAGUCGCCAGUAUUACUGGUUCUUCAACUGGUAUUGGUCUUGAAGUUGCUAAAGCUUAUGCUCAAGCUGGUGCUGAUGUUGCAAUUUGGUAUAAUUCUCAUCCUGCUGAUGAUAAAGCUAAAGAAAUCUCUGAAAAAUAUGGUGUUAGAGCAAAAGCUUAUAAAGUUUCAUUAACUGAUUUUAAAUCUAUUGAUGAAGCUAUAAAGCAAAUUGAAUUAGAUUUUGGUACUAUUGAUAUAUUUGUUUCAAAUGCUGGUAAAGCUUGGACUGGUGGUGGUAUUUUGGAUCAAUCUGAUGAUACUGAAUGGAAAGAUGUUAUUGAUUUAGAUUUAAAUUCUAUUUAUUAUCUUUCAAGAGCUAUUGGUAAAAUUUUUAAAAAAAAAGGUACUGGUACUUAUAUUAUAACUGCUUCAAUGUCUGGUCAUGUUGUAAAUAUCCCACAAAUGCAAUCUGGUUAUAAUGCUGCAAAAGCUGCAGUUAUUCAUUUUGCUAAAUCAUUAGCUGUUGAAUGGUCAGGUUUUGCAAGAGUUAAUACCGUGUCACCAGGUUAUAUAGCCACAGAAUUAACUAAAUUUGCUGAUUCUGAAUUGAAAAAACAAUGGUGGUCAUUAAUUCCAAUGGGUAGAGAAGCUUUACCAAAAGAAUUGGUUGGUGCUUAUUUAUAUUUAGCUUCAGAUGCUUCUUCUUAUGUUACUGGUACUGAUAUUCGUGUUGAUGGUGGUUAUACAGCGCUAUAA